CCGUAACGAGAUGACAUGCAUUCGAAUCUCUGCAUGACAUAAAUAGCAUGUAAGAGUCAUUUGUGCUUGACGUGGGACGACCACCUACUGCAUCACGAGAGCGAAUGAUAGAAAUGGUGGCGCCCGAAUCGUCGAAUUAAUUCCAUUGCCGCCCUACAACAACAAAACUAAAUUGGAGUCAAGCAGUUAUGGGAAAGACAUUUUCUGUGUCCUCUGUUGUCGCCCAGAAACCAGGGAGGUUACAUCACAAAACCUGGAGCCAAGGCUGGGCACAUGUAAAACCAUGUAGAAUGUCCUCUAUUGUCGCCUUGCAAACCAUAUCUUACGCCACUGACUUGCACAGCAUCAAUCAUUCCACUACAGUUGUUGUCACAAGUUUCAGCUCCUCAUGCUGAAUAUACUACAGUGUCUAACGGCCUGUGUCCUGAAAUUUGGGUUCUACUGUG